UCGAGCGUCCUUGGCCGGGGGACAAACCACACGGGAGGUCAAAGAGAAGAGGUAAGCUCAAGAAGGAGUGCACAAGACGAUCCCGGCGAUUUCAGAUCGGAGCAACCGUGGUGGUGGAUUUUCGAGAUGGCGGCGGAGAGUCGCCCCGACUGGCUGCCGGAGGGGUGGACGGCGGUGGCGAAGACCACCAGGAGCGGAGCGGUGCUUUGGUGCUUCCAUGAUCCAUAUACUGGAUCCAGAUUUUGUUCAAAGAAAGAGGUACUUCAGCAUCUAAAGUCUGGAAAAUUUCGUGGUUCCCCAACCAAACAGACAAGGAGCAUCACCACAAGAUCUAUGGAAAAACUUUGUGCAUCAACCAAUUUGGAAGAAGAAAACAAGACAAACUCUGCCAAAAAUGAUCAAAUUGAGAAUACUCCAUAUGAGUUGCCUCAUGGCUGGAUCAAAGAGAUCAGAUUAAGAAACUCUGGAACAAAAAUAAAAAAGGAUCCGUUCUACUUUGACCCUGUCAGUGGUUAUGAAUUUCGCUCUCUAAAGGAUGUUUUUCGCUAUCUUGAAACUGGUGACAUUCAUAGCUGUGUAAACAAACCAAAGAAAAGAAGUAUUGAUGACAUCCAUUCCUUAGAAAAGGAAUCACAUCCUCCUGCAGCCAAAAGGGUAGAACAUAGAGGGACUACAGUAAAGAAAUGCCUGUUUCCAGGUGUGAGAAAUAACUCAGAUGUGAAAAUGGUGACUGAGGUCAACGGGUCUCCUGGAAAGUCACAAUUCCAUCCAGCUCGUGUCAUAGAAACAAGUGUGGGAGAAGCUGAUACAGGUUCAAUGACGUUAGUCAAUAUUAAGCACCAUGAUAGAGGUGAUGUGGCAGAGAUUAAAAUAGACCCAGAGCUCAAUUCAGUGCAGCAAGAACUCAAAGUUUCAGGAGAAGUGUUGGAACCAGGUAAAGAAAGUGUCAAGCCAGCAAUAGAAGAUCAAUCAACCAUUUUUAGCUCUCAUCUCUCUGGUUCACAAAAUGUUACAUCAUAUGGUCCUUCACUGGGAAAGCAGCUGAAUGAAUCGAACAAGUUACAACAUGUGUCGGGCUUGCCAGCUUUGGAAGGCAAUUUGUUGGAGGGAAAAAACUUGGUUUUAAAGGAAAAGGAGCAAAUGGAUUUCAAGAAGCCAAGAAGGAAAAGUGUGAAUGGAUCAAGAAAAAAACAGGGUAUGAGAAUAAUCACAAUGCCACACCGAGCAUCUCCAAGAUUGGCUGCACUUAGAGCUAAUACGUUGGUGAAUUCUGCACUUGUUGAAGAGUUUUAUGGGACCGAGGCACACCAAGUGAAUUCAUCGAGUCAGGAUCAUGGUACAAAAUACACACCCGUGGUUGACCAACAAGAAAUGUUACCUGGGGUGGACUUUGAACAUUCUAAGAAGCUUGAAAGCAAGGAUUUUCUUGGAGAAGAAGCUGCUUUGGAAAAUCUCGCUGGAUUAGAAGAAAAGAGCAAAGAUAAACCAGUGUCACAACUCACAUCACCAUUUGGAGAUUCGUGGCCAGACCCAUGCAUAGAAUUUGCUUUCAGGACACUCAUCGGCGAUAUUCCGGUCUCGGAUAAUACUGUAGUAUUCCAAGACUAUCCCCAACAGCAGCAAAUGAGCUCAGCUAUAAGCCAAUCCCCGAGAAGCUCGGAUGCAUUAACUCUGGGUAGUAGUGGAACCGUCAACCAAACCAUGCAUCUCGGCCGGUUGGAGCCACCGAAUAAGAAUAAUCAUGUGUUAUCCUUUGGAGACAUCACAAGGCCUUGCUUUUUGGAAAAAAGCCUGCAGUCCACAAAGAAGCUGGAGGUAAGUCAUCAGAGGUCAGAACUGAAUCCAUAGCUUAUACAACACAAGAUGGAGCUAAACCAUGUGAAAUAAUGACAUGGCGUAAAUAUUCUUUUGGACUUUGACCUUCUUGGUGCCUUCUGAGGCAAUGGAUUCCCCUCAAAUACUGGUGAUAAGACUCUCCCAUUAAACCCUUGUGGUUUAGGUUGUGUGGUAAUUGACAGAAGGGGUUCAAUGUGUUUAAAACAAGAUAAACCCUGUUUUGAUCUGCACUCUUAUCUUUUGAAAACUUGGCCUGUAAAUGGUGAUAUCUGGUAUCAAGUAAUUUGGUACAGCAACCAGCUCAUUCA